GCGAGGUGGACGCUGACGAGGUAGAUGGGCACAUGCAGAACCAGAUGGAAGAAGAAGACACCGAUGUUGAAAGGGGUCAUGCCGAUGAUUCUGACGAGUCAGAUGAAGAAGAAAAUGCAGAGGAGGUCCCGAAUCCUGCAUGGUGGAAUCAUGACUUAUCAUCUGCAAUGACCGUGAAUGCUGGACAUGAUUCAGCCUGGCAAUAUCACCAGAACAAUAUUGCGACGGGUGCUAUGUAUCCGAACAAGCAAGCCCUGAAGGAUGCAAUAAUUAAUUGGGCAAUGUCCACGCAAAGGGUUUUCAAAGCUGAGGUGUCCAGUCAGAAAUUCCUCACAAUGGUAUGCAAGAAUGCAGAUUGUCCCGCAAGGGUGCACGGCUUUCUCCCUAAGUAUGGCACAAGUUGGGUGAUAAGUGACUUAGUUAAUCACACUUGUCUUAUUCCCUGCAUCCCUCAAGAUCAUGCCAACCUUUCAUCCACGCUUAUUGCUCGACUGUUUUACGAUGAGAUAGUGCAAGGCAAAGCUAUGGAAUGUCGGGAUUGUGGUUGCUGAAUGGGGACAUUGAUAAGGGUCACCGUGGUGCGAUAUGGUAUGAGCGCAAGCUUGAGCCUCUCGUCACUCGCACUCCUAAGGAAAACUGGAAGAUACACUCAGGAUGGCUUCAGCGGUUGAAAUGGGCCGGCCUUUUACCUUUCGCGCGUCUGGUUGAGUCUAUCCCGGGUGAGAAACGCGUCGCCAUCGAUGGGUCUUUGCUGAGCUGCUUAGUGGACCGUUGGAGGCCAGAGACCCACACGUUUCACUUCAGAUGGGGAGAGAUGGCUCCUACUCUGGAGGAUGUGUCACUUUUGCUGGGACUACCGUUGGCAGGUCAUGCCGUAGGACCGUUGGACGCACCGGCUGGUUGGGAGCGAGCUCUCACAGAACGUUUUCACGGUGUUUUUCCGGAUGCUCCCGAUCCGGUAUGGGAGCAUCACGGACCUAAGUAUGAGUGGUUGCUAAAUUUCCGGAUCCAGAACUUCCGGGCGCCCUUGACUGCGGAACAGAUCACUCGGAGCCUCGAGGCCUACUUACUGUGGCUUUUCGGCAAGGUGAUGUUCACGGAGAACCAUGUCACCACUAUCAGCGCCCUCUACAUCCCUAUGGCACUCGAGAUAGCGAGCGCUCAGACGGCGGAUCAGAUCAGACAGAGGAGUUGGGGUUCGGCGGUGUUAGCGGCUACAUACCGAGGUAUGUGCAACGGUUGCCAGCUUACAUCGAGAAAGCCAGCCCUUCUUGGAUGCCCUCUAUUCCUACAGCUGUGGUCGUGGGAGAGGUUCUCUAUAGGGCGACCAGAUGUACGGGUUCAUGAGCCUAUAGACGCCAUGUUUGAUGUUGAGGGCAUCGACAUGCCUACUUUCGGUCUGUGUUGGACUCGUCGCAAGAGACGCUUUGCUAGUGAUCAGACCAGGAAGGCGUACACAGCAUUGAACGAGCAGUUCGAUGCGUACACCGGGGUAAUCUGGCAGCCCUACACGGCAGCAGCCAUACAAGCGAGAUACCCUGCUGGUAUGUCUGUGCUAUGCACAAGGGACCGAGAUUACUGGAUGACAAAAUCGAAGAUCAUCUUCGAUGUCUUCGUCGAGGAGAUGGCACAACAGAGGGUUAUGAGGCAAUUUGGUCUUCUGCAGUUGGAGCUACCUCCCCCUAUAGAGAACCCGGUGCCAGCACACAUCCACAGGCUACCUUGACACGCGAACUGUACGACGACGUGACCACCUUUGGACGAUCACUAUCGUCUGGACCUCUUCUUCAACAUCGUCCAGUGGUACAUCCCUUCUUGGAAAGAAUUCAGAAUAAGAUACGGACUGUGUACGAGGCUAUCACGUGCACCUGGAGAACCGAUGUUGUUCAGCACGAGCAGGAGCAGCCGCGUCACUCCAUGCAACGACAUCAACCACGUCCACGCCUAGCACAGUAGCCGACAACCAGGCCACCCCGUCCUGACCAACCUGGCAGUUCUACGUGGCACCCGCAGCACUAUGGUCCCACGUCGAGCUUCGUGUUUUCUCCACAGCCACAGCAGCACGGUCCCUCCAGUUUCGUGUUUCAGCCAGAGCAGACGUCACACCCAGCAGGGGCCUAUGGAUAUCAGGCGUCUAUGUCGGCAUCACAUGAUACGUGGGGGAGUGAUCAACAUCCCGAGGACAACAUACAGGCUCAGAUGUCGCAGCACACCCAGUGGAUGAACAUGUUUUCGACUCCUCCACCAGGCCCCACACAGGAUACACAGCAUGACCAGGGAGAGUCUGAGAUUCCUCCUCGUCACGUUAGGGCACCCGACAGGUUGGGAUGGUCCCCGAUUCCAGAUCCGCCUCCCCGCCAGGCCAGACGUCGUCACUGACGCUUCUAUGUAUCUGUAUCAGUAGAGACAUUACCAUCUAUUUCUGUGUAAGACUUAUGUCUAUUCUAUGUAUGAGACAAAUGACU